UGGAGGGCAGCGGCUCUUACAGCUCCGUGCUGGAGCACUACAUUUGUAUGAUGCUCUAGGUGGAAGAGCGCCCCCUCCUGGUUCGCCACUGCUUAUUCCAGCCGUAAUUCAUUUCCCAGAUCUCUCAUCCAAAUAAACGCCAAGAUCAAUUCUGCUUGGCAUCAGCAGUUUCAUAUGAGCAGGUAGUAGGGUGGUAUGGCUGCUAAAAUAUUGGAUAUCAUGGAUUGAAUAUCUUGUCAGAUUCUGCAUGCACCUCUUAGACUUAAAAUCCUGAGCUCUCAAAUGAAUUGCACAGAACCAUCUGUUUGCAAAUAGCUUGUCAGCCUUUGGUCCACUGUCAGGUGUUUGCAUAACAUGACUGUAAUAACUUUGGAAGUGAAGCAGAUCUGUGAUUUGCCUGCAGUGUGUCCAUAUAACGCAGCACAGAGGACCACAUUGGAAGACAGACACUCAGAAACGACCCAGCAGGGCAGAGAGACAGAGGCACCGCACCAUGCCUUGUGUUGUCAUGAAGACCGCUUUCACCUUCCUCUUCAUCGCGGGGCUCUGUGAAGGGGACACAGUCCUGCUCAGGGAGCAUUUUUAUAUGGGUGAAACACUGGAUUGGAAUGCUGCGCAAAACCGCUGUAGAACUUGGCUCAAGGACCUGUCUUCUGUGCUGACCGAGGAAGACGCGGAACGGGUUAUGAGCGCUCGUCCCGGAGGGUUCACGGGCAAGGCUUGGAUUGGUCUGUCCGGCACGGGGACGUGGUCGGCGUUGCUUUCUUCAUGGACAUAUACGUGGUUGUGGUCGUCAGGGGAGACGAUGGGCUUUACGAAGUGGGCUGCCGGACAGCCCAGUUCUGGUACCGCUGGGUCGCGAGCAUGUGUUUCUAUGCAGAAUGAUUACUGGUUAAAAGAGAACGAUUGCACUGUAAAGAUUCCAUCCUAUUGCUUUCAGGCAUAUAACAGGAAGUUGACUGUGGUGCAGGAGGCGAUGGCCUGGGAAAACGCUCUGGUUUACUGCAGGAGUAAGUACACCGACCUCUCCAGCCUGCUCUCAAACUACACUGCUGAGAAGGUUAUAAGCAGCACAAGAGCCACCACUGACUUUGUGUGGACAGGCCUGCGUUUCCUGACGGGUGGGUGGUAUUGGGUGAAUGGAGACCCCAUGCUCUAUAGUGUGUGGCCUAAUAGUGAGCAGUUCCAGUGUCCGGACAUGCCCCUCCGCUGUGGAGCCCUGUCAGUUAAAGAGAAAGUGUUUGUAGCAAGGCCUUGUGAUGAGGAGCUCGACUUCAUCUGUUACACACAGUUACGCUGGUACACGGACCUGUCUUCUGUGCUGACCGAGGAAGACGCAGAACGGGUUAUGAGCGCUCGUCCCAGCGGUUCCACAGACCCGGCUUGGAUUGGUCUGUACCGAGUGUCGUCGUCGUGUUUCAUCGUUGCGUCGCUGUCAGAGGCGAUCAAGACGAUGGCCUGGGAAAACGCUCUGGUUUACUGCAGGAGUAAGUUCACCGACCUCUCCAGCCUGCUCUCAAACUACACUGCUGAGAAGGUUAUAAGCAGCACAGGAGCCACCACUGACUUUGUGUGGACUGGCCUGCGUUUCCUGAUGGGCGGGUGGUUUUGGGUGAACGGAGACCCCAUGCGCUAUAGUGCCUGGUCUAAUGACGAACAGUCCAAGUGUCCGGACAUGCCCCUCCGCUGUGGAGCCCUGUCAGUUAAAGAGAAAGUGUUUGUAGCAAGGCGUUGUGACGAGGAGCUCAACUUCAUCUGCUACUCACAGUUGUAG